AUGAGCUACUACGGCAGCUACUACGGAGGCUACUACGGAGGCCUGGGCUCCGGCUACCGAGGCUUUGGAAACCUGGGUUACGGCUAUGGCUGUGGCUGUGGCUUUGGAGGCCACGGAUAUGGCUCUGUCUAUGGCAGAUACGGAUAUGGCUACCGCCGCCCAUUUUAUUACGGAGGAUAUGGAUUCUCCCGCUUCUACUGA